UUGAUUUUCAAAGGAACUUUGACAGCCCAAACAUGUUUGAAACUAGGAAUCGAGCUUGAAUUGAUAACAUCAACAUACAUUGAUUUAACUGUAAACUCUUCAGACCUAGUAAGCUUCUAGCAUAGUUUAUCGGGCUGUUGAGAUAACUGAACCUUCAUCAGUCUACUUACUAGAUGUAGCCAUUCUUCCCAAUGAUUGCCAACUAGCGUCCUUCUGAACUGAAUAUUAAGGGGAUUGGAUUGAAGUACCGUUGCAACGAACGCCUCACGUCGUUGAACAAUACGAUAUAAAGACGGGUAUUGAAUGGCCAGGGGGGUCUCUUCGAGCCAAGUAUCCUCCCAGAAUCGCGUACUAAUAAACUUUGUCCUAUUAAACAAGGUCAUUCUUGCUACUAGGAUGGUUUAUACAUGCAUGUGAAGCAGCAUCGGGCGCCAGCUGCGAAACCAAUAGCUGUUACAUUUGCGUUUGCAGUUUGCUUCAGCUCGAUCGAUACAACCUGUAGGCAACACACUAGUGCAUAUACUGCAGAAACUUGACAGAGUAAAUGCAAAUAUCUUCUAUAUUUAUUCCACUGAGACCACCGGCCAGAAUAAAGGCCGAAUACCAAUAAGGCCAGAGGCGCUGUGCUCUUCGCGUUGGCUGUAACUUUUGCUAGCUACGACGGUUUAUAUGUGUCCACACACCACAGUGUCAUUGCAGUCGCGCGCUUUAUGUAUGUUCAUUAAUUCAUACACUUGCACUUGGCACGCGUUAGCCGGUUCUCAACUUCUGUUCCACUUCCGCGCCGGCGAGGAGCGCUGUCCGUCGAUGGGGGCCGCGGCUACGUCGGCCAACUCCGAGACAGCAGCCACGCGCGUGCAUGACGGUCUCGUUGGCUGCGAUGGCACGGGGUACCACGGGGAGAGCUUACCGCCGCCGGCGUCAGAUCCGGACGGCCUGCGGCGCCGGGCGGCGAAGGAGAGGAUAAGGGAGCGGAUACUGCGCGAGGAGGUGGAGGCGAUGGCGCUCGAGUUCGAGGUCCGGCGUGAGCUCAUGGAAGAGCGCGCCAGUUUGCUCGCGCGGUUGGCCGGCGGGUCGGAAACUAGGGCAGCGCCGGCGGUGCCAUCGCUGAAGACGGCGCCGAUCGAUCACCAGUGUGUGCAGUUUGGAUCCAAAGUAGACGUGUCUGCGGCCGUGCCAGCCAACAAGCGGAAAACCCCUCAUGUCGCUGCUGCAUCCGUUUCGGUGGCCACUGGCAGCAAGAAGCACAAGCCUGAUCUGACUUGCACGGUGUGCAACAUCACGGCAACCAGUGAGGUUGCCCUGCAAGAGCACCUCAGAGGGAAGAGCCACGUGAGGAAGGCCGGUAAACAUGCGCAGCCUCACCCAGAGGAGGAUGUGUUCAGCUUGAAGGUAAAUGGGUCGCCAGCCUUACCAGCCAAGGGGGAAAACCCUGGUGUUGUUGUCGCUUCGAUGGCUCCUGCUGAAAAAAGUUGUGACAACUUGGGUUUGAACUGCAUUGUCUGCGGCAUCACAGCAAGUAGUCAGAAGAACAUGCAAGAUCACCUCAAAGGGAAAAUUCAUAUGAGGAAGACUGACAUGCUCGCGCAGCCCAAUCCUAAGGAGAAUGAGGUCUGCUCAAAACCAAAUGCAUCAGCAGCCGUGCUACCGGCCAAGCAGAAGAACUCCGACGUUGCCCCUGCCUCAUCAACCCUUUCAGCUGGGCCAAGCAGCAAGAAUCAGAAGCAAGACUUGACCUGCACGGCGACCAGCAAGAAGGGCGUGCAGGCUCACCUCAAAGGGCAUGCAGGUGCAGAGGCCGGAGAUGGUGCUGCCAAAGCUGAAGAACAAGAGAAAGCUGAUGUCGAGGAAGAGGGAGCCGUGGAGAUCGACGGAGGCCCCGUCGUGACCGGCGAGGAGUAUUACAUCAAGGCGGAGGGCAAGCUGUUCGUCACACUGCGCCAGGUUGACGACAGCCUCUCGUGUGGUCUGUGUGCCGUGCACGGCUGUGACAAACGUGGCAUGAUCAAUCACAUCUACACCAGGGACCACUGGCGCAGAGCCAGUCUCACCGAGGAGAAGGGGGCAUCGGAGGCAGCGCUAGAGGCGGUGAGCAAAGAUGGCGACGGCGUCCCAGUCACCGACGGAGAGGCUCAUGUCGACAACUAA